AUGGAACAGAAACAUUCCCAUGCGAGCACUUCAGUGGCGGAUGACUAUAUUGCAACAGAGAAGUUCCCUCUUUUCCCAGACAAAAGAAAUGUUAAUGUGAUGCUGCCAAAUGCCAGGCAUCUGCAUGUGGGGCUCGAGAGAUCCUCCAAACAGUUCCUGACCUAUCCGCAGGUCGAUACAGAAACUGCUGCCAGUUUUAUGCCAUCCUGUUCCUCAGUGGUCUCCUCCACACCGAGUUUGCCAGAAUUCACCAAUAUGUUCAAUAUUCCACAAUCCAUGUCUGUUAACAUGUUCAUGAAGCAGGAGAUCCCUGGAGAGAUGUCCUUGUUUCCAGCUCCACAGCCUACCCAAUUCUUUCAGCUGCCCAUGCAAGACAGCAAUGUGAGUUCUAAUGUCUCUGCUUCACCAACAGAGAGCCUUGAGGGCAUUACUCUUGGGAAUCAGAGCACUGGAUCCACUACUCUUUUUCAGCUUCCUAAGCCUGGGGAUGAGCUAAGGCUUUUCCUAAAUAUUCCCCAAGGGCCAGGAAGUUUUGGAUUUUGUGGACAAUUUUACUCUGUCCCAGGUUUAGCUCUGCCCCCAUCACCACCAAACUCACAGCCCAGAAACCCAGAGAACCGGCUUGUGAUGAAUAGUAACAUCUCUUCUCCAUCACCUUCUGGAGCUUUCUAUGGCCUACGACUUAUACAAGCACCCCAGGUACAACCAGUUCCAGUUAACUUGGGGCACUUACCCUUUGGGCAUAUUAUUAUCCGGGCUCCAAAAUUCUGCCAGCAAAACUACCAAGAAAUAGAAAAGAGGAGAAUUCAUCGUUGUGAUUAUCCAGGUUGCACAAAACUUUACACCAAGACUUCUCAUCUGAAAGCUCACAAGAGAACCCAUACAGGUGAGAAGCCAUACAAAUGCACAUGGGAAGGAUGCAACUGGUGUUUUGCCCGCUCUGAUGAGCUUAGUCGCCACUACCGAAAGCAUACCGGAGCCAAGCCCUUUAAAUGUGUUGCUUGUGGUCGUUGCUUCUCCCGCUCUGAUCACCUAACCUUUCACUUGAAGAAACAUUUGAUCUAA